AUGCAGCCGGCCACUGCCUUCGCCGGCGCCAAUGCGCUCUCGCCAACCAAGACGCAGCCGGCGCAGGGCUCGGAGGCAGCCACCCCGGCUUGGAUCGCCUUCGACCGCAAGGUGCUCCGCUUCAACUGCCACUUUGACGAGGAGGUGCACGAGUCGCAGGCCGAGGCGAGCCGCGUGCGCAAGUGCAUCCUCUACUACUACCUCGAGGACGACUCGAUGCACAUCUGCGAGCCCAAAGUGGAGAACUCAGGGCUUGGCAUCGACCCCACAAAGUCGGCCGUCUACCUCAAGCGCCACCGCGUCCCCAAGCCCGAGGGCGAUUUCUUUGGUGCGACCGACCUCAACAUCGGCUUGACCAUCGACAUCUACGGCCGCGUCUUCACGCUGACCGACUGCGAUGGCUUCACGCGAACAUUCCUCGAGAAGCUCGGGAUCGAGGUGCCGCAGGCGAUCGAGGAGCCCACCGACGGGUACACCUCGACGCGCGCGGCGGUCAAAGCUCACGUCGGUGGCCGGCCGCGGCCCGUGAACGACGCGCUCAUCCGCGGGGUGGAGGCGAGCCUCGGCGCCUCGUCGCACCUCCUCGAGGGCGACCGGCUGGGCCAGUUCCUGGACAACGACCGCAAGGUGCUCCGCUUCUACAUGGCAUGGGACGACCGUAAGAAGCUGUAUGGCGAGCUGCGCCCCUUCAUCCUGCACUACUACCUCGCCGACGACCACAUGGAGGUGGUCGAGGUCAAGACGAGGAACAACGGGCGCGACCCAUUCCCGCUCUUUGUCAAGAAGGGCAAGGUUUACAAGAACAUCGACUCGUACACGAGCAUCGACUCGCCCACUACGCACACCACGCAAAACAUCGGGCGGAGCGGCCGCGUUGACCCGGCCACGAUGGAGGCAUUCACAGAGGCCGACUUUGGGAUCGGAAAAUCGAUCAAGGUGCUCGGAGUCGAGUUCUUCAUCCACGCGUGCGACGAGUUCACGCGCGACUACUACCAGAAGGUGCACGGCGUCGAGCUGGUCGACGUGCCCUUCGUGUACGAGGAGAAAUGGGAGCGGCCCAAGAUGCCCGUCCCGCCGCAUACCGGUUGGGCCGCCAUCGGCAGCGAGGAGGACUCGCUUAACUCGAUGCAACACCUCGUCCCAAAGCCGCCCAAGAAGGACAUGAAGAAGCUGAUGGACAAGGACGGUGUCAUCCUCCGCUUCCUGGCCCGCUUCGAGACCGAGACCGAGGAGGACACCGGGCGACAGUUCGUCAUCAAGUUCUAUUGCGCCAACGACACGAUCGCCGUCUUUGAGCCGCCCCUUAAGAAUUCGGGCCUCGUCGGCGGCAAGUUCAUCGAGCGGACCACCCUCCGGAAGGCGGGCACGCAGAAGGAGGAUGGCACGUGGGAGUUCUGGCUCCAGGGCGACUUCUACACGGGCGCUGUGGUCGAGCUCAACGGCUGGCGCUUCGUCAUCUACCAGGCGGACGAGUACACGCUCUCGUACAUGGAGGCCCACCCGGAGCAGCACCCGAUGUCGAGCAUCGCCUACAUCUGCGAGCAGGCGGCGCCGGUGCUUGCGGAGAAGAGAGAAGCGCUGCUCGCCGACUUUGCGGCGGCGGACCCGUCGGAGAGCGGCUACGUCAAUUACGAGCCCUUCCAAGCCGCGCUGGCGGGAGCAGGGAUGGAGCUAAACGACCAGGUCCUCGUCACACUCCUGCGCCGUUUCGACGUGCGGAAGGACGGAACGGUGAGCUACCGCGAGCUGAUGAAUCCCGACAGCAAUCUGUGGAAGUGA